AUGCUGGAGCCUGUCAAAGUCUCCUCCGAUACGUUCAAAAAGAUCCAGAGGCAGCCCAACUUUGGAAAUGAUUACAAUCUGUACUACUUGUUGACCGGGGAGUUCCCCCAGAACCACGUUCUGAACAUCGAGGAACCGUUUGCCGGCUAUCCGAAACUUAAAAAACUGCACGAGCUGAAAGCCAAGCACAACUUGCACCAUGCUCAUCCGGCCAUGGGGGAGCAGUGUACCAUGAAGAAUCUUCCCGACAAGCUCAAAUCUUGGGCGAGUGAUAAUAUGCAUUUCGACGUUGUGAUGGUCCACGGAUGCAUAUCACCGACCCCGUCCCUCGCUGCUCUGAAAUCAAUUCCUGUGGCGGAAAUAACUCCCCGUCCGAGUUUGGUUUUUCUUUGGGUUCCGACCAGUCGCUUAGACGACGGUCGAAAGGCUCUGGAACAUUGGGGGUUCAGACGCAGUGAAGAUAUUGUCUACUUUGUAUCUUCAGAAGACUCAAUUCAUAUGCCACCUCCAAACCCGAACCAGUUGUUGAAGUCGACGACUUGGCACUGCCUUAUGGGACUGAAAGGAACACUCCGCCGAAGCACUGAUUCGAACCUGAUCAACUGCAAUGUCGAUAUCGACAGCAUAAUUGAGAGGCCCAACCAACGACCCAAUGUGGUCCCUGAGGAUAUUUACGAACUCAUUGAAAACUUUAGUUUGAUGGCCCGCCGCGUGCACAUUCUCCCUACACCUAGCCCGUUACACCUACCGGUUAGGUUGAGGCCUGGCUGGCUAAUUGUGAGUCCAGACAGCCUGAUUUCGAAUGUUGAUGCAGAAUACUUCCGUGGCAACCCACGGGUACCCGUCGACCCCGAAAUUGAUAUGCUUCGGCCCAAAACUCCGCCCAACGGAAAUAUGAGUAAAUGA